AGACAAAUUCCAUAAAGCCAAAGUCCUGAGAGGAAGACCCUGGUGUUCAUGAACUCAGCUCGGGCCUCGUGUACGAAAGCGAUGACUUAGAACCAAUCAUGCUCUAACCACUACCCUAGAACUGAAGUUCUGGUCCUCAGCUUUUCAAAGCUGCUCUCACUUGACUCAUCUCAGAGUGGAAGGUUUGAGCUGCAGAAUGAUAACCUCUGAAUAGUUAACCGCAGCUCUCUCAAGGACCUCAAGAGCCAAAUAUUUCAAUGUCAACUUAAAGGCGGGUUGCUGUGAACUGGCAGCUGGAUUAAGUACAUGAUGCUGCCAGAUAUCGUACAGUGCGGUACAAUUCCCACCGUCACCACAGAGACGCCACCAUUCACACCGAGACUGGCACAGUCCUGCAGUGACACUCCAGAAGCUGGCUUGCCUGGUCCCCCUGGAGCACACGAUGUCUCUGCCGUUUUAUCAGACGCUCCAUAAGCACUAUGACAGCAGCUAUCGUGACAGAGACCUGCGGACCACCAUGAGCCAGUACCAGCAGGAGAAGAAGAGCUCUACCAUCUACACACACGGCUCAGCGGCCUACAGCAGCCGCUCGUCAGCCGCACGGCGCCAGGAGUCUGAGGCCUUCAGCCAGGAGUCCGCAGCCUCCUACAAGCAGCAGGCCUCCCGGGCCACGGAGUCAACCCUGGAGUCUGCAGUCGGCCGCAAGGCAGUGUCGGCCUAUGACUAUGGCUACUCUCACGGACUUGCGGAUUCCAGCUUUACGUUAGAUUAUUCAUCCAAGUUGAGUCCCCAAACAAAGAGAGCCAAAAAGAGCCUUCUGUCUGAGGAUGAGAAAGAAAACUUGCCGGGUGACUAUCUGGUGCCCAUUUUCUCUGGACGUCAAAUGCAUGUCAGUGGAAUCACAGGCACAGAAGAAGAAAGAAUUAAAGAAGCUGCCGCCUAUAUAGCCCAGAGGAAUCUUCUUGCUAGUGAAGAAGGGAUCACAUCAAGCAAACAGUCCACAGUCUCCAAACAGUCUACGAGCACAUUUCAGCAGGAAGAAACUUUUGAGAAGAAGUCCAGGAAAGUCGCAGUUCGAGAAAAAGCAGAACGCCUGUCGUUGAGGAAAACUCUAGAAGAAGUUGAGGCCUAUCACAGAAAGCUGAAUGAGGACAGCCUUCUCCACUCUCCAGAGUUUGUCAUUGAGCCUCGCUCCCACACUGUGUGGGAGAAAGAAAGUGUCAAGUUGCACUGUUCUGUGUCAGGCUGGCCAGAACCCCGUCUCACAUGGUAUAAAAACCAGGUGCCAAUAAAUAUCCAUGCAAACCCUGGAAAAUAUAUCAUUGAAAGUCGAUAUGGAAUGCACACUCUGGAGAUCAAUGCAUGUGACUUUGAAGACACAGCUCAGUACCGGGCCUCAGCGAUGAAUGCCAAAGGAGAGCUUUCAGCUUACGCUUCAGUUGUGGUAAAGAGAUACAAGGGAGAGUAUGACGAGACUUACUACCACGCGGGGCCUUCCACCUCGCCCCUCAGCUUUGCUGUGACCCCGUACGGCUAUGCAUCCAGGUUUGAGAUCCACUUUGAUGACAAAUUUGAUGUGUCUUUUGGGAGAGAGGGCGAGACAAUAAGUCUAGGCUGCCGUGUCGUUAUCACUCCUGAGAUCAAACAUUUCCAGCCAGAGAUCCAGUGGUACAGAAAUGGAGCACCUGUCUCCCCAUCGAAAUGGGUGGGAACACAGUGGAGUGGAGAUCAGGCAACGCUGACAUUUUCUCACCUCAACAAGGAAGAUGAGGGCCUCUACACAAUCCGUGUGCGGAUGGGAGAGUAUCAUGAACAACACAGCGCGUAUGUCUUUGUUCGAGAUGCGGAUGCAGAGGUAGAGGGAGCCCCGGCCUCUCCGCUGGAUGUGGUGUGCCUGGACGCCAACAAAGACUACAUCAUCAUCUCCUGGAAGCAUCCGGCUGUGGACAGAGGAAGCCCUAUUUUGGGCUACUUUAUCGAUAAAUGUGAGGUGGGCACAGACAGCUGGUCUCAGUGCAAUGACACGCCCGUGAAGUUUGCUCGUUUCCCGGUCACUGGAUUAAUAGAAGGCCGUUCCUAUAUAUUCCGAGUCCGAGCUGUAAACAAGAAUGGAGUAAGUCUACCGUCUCGCGUUUCUGAGCCCGUGGCUGCUCUGGAUCCAGCAGAGAGAGCUCGACUUAAAAGUCGUCCUUCAGCACCUUGGACGGGACAGAUAAUUGUCACUGAAGAAGAGCCUACAGAGGGUAUUGUUCCUGGGCCGCCCACAGACCUCUCUGUCACCGAGGCCAGCCGGAGCUACGUGGUACUCAGCUGGAAGCCCCCUGGGCAGCGUGGCCAUGAGGGCAUCAUGUACUUUGUGGAAAAAUGUGAAGCUGGGACAGAAAACUGGCAGCGGGUAAACACAGAGCUCCCUGUGAAGUCUCCCCGCUUUGCUCUGUUUGACCUGGCUGAGGGGAAAUCCUACUGUUUCCGCGUGCGCUGUUCUAACUCAGCAGGAGUCGGUGAGCCCUCAGAAGCAACAGAAGUGACGCUGGUGGGGGACAAACUCGAUAUUCCCAAGGCUCCAGGCAGAAUCAUCCCAAGCAGAAAUACAGACACGUCGGUGGUAGUUACUUGGGAGGAAUCCAAAGACUCCAGAGAGCUGGUGGGGUACUACAUAGACUGCAGCAUAGUCGGCUCUGGCCAGUGGGAGCCCUGUAACAACAACCCUGUGAAGGGUCCACGAUUUACUUGUCAUGGAUUAGCAACUGGUCAAAGUUAUAUUUUCCGGGUCAGAGCAGUUAACGCUGCCGGACUUAGUGACUAUUCACAGGAUUCCGAAGCAAUCAAAGUUAAAGCUGCGAUUGGGGGAGGAGUGUCUCCAGAUGUGUGGCCUGCACUGAAUGAUACGCCUGGUGGACUAACAGACUCCAGGGAUGGCUUGCAUGAAGCCUCCCAGCCAACCUCUAAGAAAGAUGCUUUGCUUGGUAGCAAACUUAACAAACCUGCACUACCCAGUAGUUGUCAGAACCUGGGUCACACAGAAGUGAGUAACGUAAGUGAAACAGCCCAGGAGACGCUGACCGCAGCACCACAGAAAGCUGGUCUUAAGGGGGAAAGUAAGUCUGAGGCCCUGAAAAAGAAGGAGGACCUAGCGCCACCCUCUCCACCCUAUGAUAUCACUUGCCUUGAGAGUUUUCGUGACUCAAUGGUUCUUGCAUGGAAGCAGCCAGAUAAGACUGGAGGAGCUGAGGUUACCGGCUAUUUUGUCAACUACCGUGAGGUGACUGAUGGCAAACCAGGACGAUGGAGAGAAGCCAAUGUGAAAGCUGUCAGCGAGGCGGCAUAUAAGAUCAGCAACCUGAAGGAGAACGUAGUCUACCAGUUCCAAGUGUCGGCCAUGAACAUGGCUGGGCUGGGGAAGCCCUCUGCUGUAAGCGAAUGCUUCAGGUGUGAAGAGUGGACCAUCACUGUUCCAGGGCCACCGCAUGGUCUCAAGUACAGUGAAGUCAGGAAAACUUCCUUGGUUCUGCAGUGGAAACCUCCCAUCCACUCGGGGCGGACCCCAGUCACUGGUUUCUUCGUGGACAUGAAGGAGGCCAAUGCCAAAGAUGACCAAUGGCGCGGACUCAAUGAAGCAGCCAUUAAAACCACAUUUCUGAAGGUGCAGGGUCUCAAGGAGGGUGUCAGCUACGUGUUCCGUGUCCGCGCCAUAAACCAGGCAGGUGUCGGCAAGCCGUCUGACCUUGCUGGGCCUGUGGUGGCAGAAACCCGGCCAGGAACCAAGGAGGUUAUUGUGAAUGUGGAUGAUGACGGAGUCAUCUCCUUGAACUUUGAAUGUGAUCAGAUGUCUCCAAAUUCUGAGUUCACCUGGUCCAAAGAUUACGUGACCACUGAGGACUCUCCGAGACUAGAAGUGGAAAGCAAAAGCAGCAAGACAAAACUGACCUUCAAAGACCUGAGCAUGGAAGAUUUGGGCAUCUACUCCUGUGAUGUAACAGACACAGAUGGAAUAGCGUCCAGCUACGUGAUAGAUGAGGAAGAGUUGAAACGUUUACUUGCUCUCAGCCAAGAACACAAGUUCCCAACUGUCCUAGCUAAGUCAGAGCUGGCGGUUGAAAUUUUGGAGAAAGGCCAGGCUCGGUUCUGGAUGCAGGCUGAGAAGCUCUCGGGGAAUGCCAAAGUCAACUACAUAUUCAACGACAAAGAAAUAUUUGAAGGGCAGAAAUACAAGAUGCACGUUGACCGAAACACUGGCAUAAUCGAAAUGUUUAUGGAGAAGCUGCAGGAUGAGGAUGAGGGGACAUACACUUUCCAGAUUCAAGAUGGAAAAGCCACUGGUCACUCUACACUGGUUCUCAUUGGAGAUGUUUAUAAAAAGCUCCAGAAAGAAGCUGAAUUCCAGCGGCAAGAAUGGAUCAGGAAACAAGGUCCACAUUUUGCUGAGUAUUUGAGCUGGGAAGUAACUAGUGAGUGCAAUGUGCUUUUGAAAUGCAAGGUGGCAAAUAUUAAGAAGGAAACUCAUAUUGUGUGGUACAAAGAUGAGAGAGAGAUAUCAGUGGAUGAGAAGCACGACUUUAAGGAUGGUAUUUGUACCCUGCUUAUAACAGAGUUUUCCAAGAAGGACGCUGGGAUUUAUGAAGUUAUCCUGAAGGAUGACAGAGGGAAAGAUAAGAGCAGACUGAAGCUCGUGGAUGAAGCCUUUAAAGAACUGAUGACUGAAGUUUGUAAAAUAAUAGCCCUGUCUGCUACCGACCUGAAAAUCCAGAGCACGGCAGAGGGUAUCCGGCUGUACUCAUUUGUCACUUGCUACCUGGAUGACUUGAAAGUUAACUGGUCCCACAACGGGGCUGCCAUUAAGUACACGGACAGAGUUAAGAGCGGUGUCACUGGCAAUCAGAUCUGGCUGCAAAUCAAUGAGCCCACCCCCAGUGACAAAGGGAAAUACGUGAUGGAGCUCUUUGAUGGCAGAACUGCACACCAGAAGACAGUGGAUCUGUCUGGACAAGCAUAUGAUGAAGCCUUUGCUGAAUUUCAGAGACUCAAACAAGCUGCCAUUGCUGAGAAAAACCGUGCCCGGGUGUUGGGCGGCCUCCCCGACGUGGUCACCAUCCAGGAGGGCAAGGCGCUUAAUCUCACCUGCAAUGUGUGGGGUGACCCGACGCCUGAGGUCUCCUGGAUGAAGAACGAGAAACUGCUGGCCCCAGACAGCAACUGCAGCCUCACGUUUGAGCACGGCAAGACAGCCUACUUCACCAUCCACAGAGUGAGUACCUCGGACUCCGGCAAGUACGCGCUGGUCGUGAAGAACAGAUACGGCUCGGAGACCAGCGACUUCACCGUCAGCGUGUUCAUCCCUGAAGAGGAGGCGAGAAUAGCCGCCACAGAGUCCCAGAGAGGCGGCAAGAAGUCCAAGUGACCAGAGUCCAUGGGCAAGGAGCACGAGGGGUGUGGUGCUGCGGGUCUCAUGCUGGGUAUAGGGGAGUCGUAGCGCUUUCCACUCUGGAUUUUUGUGCUGGGUAUAGGGGAGUCGUAGCGCUUUCCACUCUGGAUUUUUGUGCUGGCUUAGAGAGAGAAAAACGACAAAUUUGACAGAUCUUUUCUUCAUAUAAAAAGCACCUGUUAAGUAUUUCAUUAGGUUUUUCUUUAUCUACAAAUUUGUGUUAAGAAAAUAUCAUUUGGUGGGGAUAGAUAGUAUAAUGGUUCUGCAAAGAGACACUCAUGUUUGAGGCUCCAAAGUCCCAGGUUUAAUUCCCCACACCACCACAUACCAGAGCUGAGCAGUGCUCUGGCAAAAUAAAUUUAAAAAAAAAAAGAGGAAGGAAGAAAAAAGAAAGAAAGAAAGAAAAGGAAGGGAGGAAGAAAGAAAGAAAGAAAGAAAGAAAGAAAGAAAGGAGGAAAAUAUCAUCUGUAGCAUAAUUAUUGGAACUAGGCUUACGGGAAAGACCAGCAUAAAGUUAGAGGGGCAUUGAAUGGUGGACAGAGAGCCGGUGGGUAUGUUGUGAAGCAGAUGAACUGGGCCGGCCUCUGUCAGCAAGUUCUCGUGGAUUCCACCUAGACUUCAGGAUCCUGCUGAGACAGAGACAAGUCCCUGAGCCAGUCAGCGUGCUCCCAGCCUUGCUGCAACCGCCUGGUGGUAAUAAACACGCCUUUCUUUCCUCUUCCCCACCAGUGUUUCUCGCGGUUUUCUCAUUUGGUUGCAAUUCCUCUCCACUUCUUGUGAUGUGUCUUCUGAUUUAAGUUCCUUUUUGUGAAAGCAGUUCGUUCAUAGCAUGAUCAGACAAGUCACUAAUCUGGAUUGAAGUUCAAAGGUU